GAGGAGGAGGAAAGACAGGAUGGUAUAAAGCAAGAGACCAGACACUGCUCUGCCACAGUUGCUCUGAGGUCCUGGGAGAGAGACGGAGUACACACUCUUCUUCUCGCUUCUCGUCUGCCCGCCUCUCCUAAUACUUGAAAUAAGAGACUUCGCCACCCGCAGGUUCCAGAGGAGUAAAUAUAACAAAGAGGGUCUCUUUCGCCCCUCCUCCUUCAUAUUUUGCAAAGAUCUGUUGCACAGACCAGAAGAGAUCCCUUUGUGGAGUGUUUCUUCUCUCAUCCCAAUUCCACUGAGCAGAAAAUGGCCAGAAGUCCCACUCUGACUUGGACUGUCGUACCAUUUGGGCUACUCUUCCUAGUCCAUGGAAUCCAUUGCUUUUUCUUGCCCAAUGCUACCGAGUUGGAAAGCAUCCUCAGUAAAUACCAGGAGGAGGAGCCCCACUCAAGGACCAAGAGAGCCAUUUCUCGAUCGGACAAAGAAGAGAUUCUAAUGCUUCACAAUAAACUGAGAGGUCAAGUCUACCCUUCAGCAUCCAACAUGGAAUACAUGAGAUGGGACGAUGAGCUGGAGAGAUCGGCCGAGUCCUGGGCCCAUGAAUGCAUUUGGGAUCAUGGGCCUGCCACCCUCCUUAGGUCUAUUGGUCAAAAUCUGGCUGUUCACUGGGGCAGGUAUCGCUCUCCAGCUUUCCAUGUCCAGUCUUGGUAUGAUGAAGUGAAAGAUUAUACCUAUCCCUAUCCCCACGAAUGUAAUCCCUGGUGUCCAGAGAGAUGUUCAGGACCGAUGUGCACCCACUACACACAGGUGGUCUGGGCAACGACAAAUAAGGUUGGCUGUGCUGUGAACGUCUGCAAAAGGAUGGACGUGUGGGGCCAAAUCUGGGAGAAUGCUGUCUACCUGGUCUGCAACUACUCUCCUAAAGGCAACUGGAUUGGAGAAGCACCUUAUAAAAACGGCAGGCCGUGUUCUGAAUGCCCGCCUAGCUAUGGAGGAAGGUGCCAGAAUAAUCUCUGUUACAAAGGGAUGAAAAAAGAUGAUGGUUAUGUCCAAAAACCCGAGACCGAAGAGACCAACGAAGUGGAGACGCCCCAGGUGUCGGACAGCAAACCUGUGUGGAAGCCCAAAGCCACAAAACCUGUGAAAGAAAAGCCAACCGCUGUGUCUUACAUGACACAAGUGAUCAAGUGUGACACCAAAAUGAGGGAUAAAUGCAAAGGAUCGACAUGUAACAGAUACCUGUGUCCUGCUGGCUGCUUGAACAAUAACGCAAAAGUGUUCGGAACCUUCACCUAUGAAAGCUCAUCCAGUAUAUGUCGGGCUGCCAUCCAUUCUGGGGUGCUGGAUAACAGAGGAGGCAUGGUAGACAUCACCAGGAAAGGCAGAGCAGAUUUCUUUGUGAAGUCUUCAAGAAAUGGCAUCCAAUCAUCAAGCAAAUUCAAACCUUCUAAUUCCUUCAUUGUUUCGAAAGUCACAGUGCAGACUCUGGAUUGUUACACCACAGUAGCGGAGCUUUGCCAGUUCAAGAAGCCAGCCACUCAUUGCCCAAGGUCUUACUGCCCAGCUUACUGCAAAGAUGAGCCAUCCUACUGGGCACCUGUGUAUGGCACCAACAUUUACGCAGAUAAUUCCAGUAUCUGCAAGGCUGCUGUGCAUGCAGGGGUCAUUGGGGACAACGCUGGCGGGUACGUGGACGUGAUGCCUGUGGAGAAGAAGAAAUCCUACAGUGGCUCUUCAAAGAAUGGGAUCCAAUCUGCAAGCUUAAAGACACAGACAGAAGGAAAUGCCUUCCGAAUCUUUGCUGUGAAGCAAUAAAUUUCCAAGAAGCAGAACCCCGUCUGUUGGGAGGAGGAGGAGGCGCUAUUCCUAGGUGAUGGGAAGUCCACACAUGAUGGCGGUCGGUCCUGGCAUGCAGUGCGACGAAGUCCUCUUGGUCAAAACUCUUUCAGGGAUGACAAAGACUGCUGCCGGAAUCACAUUCUGACUUAACUAUCCACAUCCCAUUGGUGUCAGCUCAGUGUUUUAUUAUUAUUAAUAUUACUUUCAAACAUUUAGGGUCAGAUUUUGAGAGCGGAGUGUUCAACACCUUAUUUUCUGGUGCACAGCUUAUAUUGCUCAAAGACAAGAGUUUUGCACUUCAUGGAAUGAACCUACCGCUUAAGGGUGAAUGUUAGCUUGAAUAACUAUGGAGGCCUUGCUAUGUGUGUGAUAGUUUGUGUGUGUGAUUGGGUGUGUUGGAGUGCAGGAGACAGAGAGAGAGAAUCCAAGUCUCUUUGGAUUCUUUUCUUGGGUUAACAACAGGUCCAUUAAGUGCUGUGCUGAAACAACAUGUGGUAGACUGUUCUGUGGAUAGUUCAAAAGACACACCUAGCUGUCGGAAAAACAAAGCUGCCUUUCAAGAGAGCACCAUCUCCAUAAACCGGGAAUUUCUCUCAAACAAAGGGAAAAAAUGUGGAAUAGCUGGGUUUGCUGGCCAAACAAUUGCAGGAAGUUAGGAAGGCUAGGGGUGUUAAAAAUAAAUCAAGGAACUAGAACUCCUGUCCAGGCACAUUUCGAUUGGUAGUACAUUAGACAGCAUUGUUUUAUUUACAAUUACCUACAAUUUAUUUUAUUCAGCAGAGCUGGUCAUAUCUUAAUUAUGCAGUGAUCUCUAGAAGUUGAUCUUUAUUUUGUUAGAAACUUACAGAGCGUUUGCUUUGCCCCUGUUUUUGUACAGAUGUGGGGCUUUAUUUUAUUUUUAUUAUUAUUAUAAAUAUUAUGUAUGUUGGGGUUAACCACAACAUAUAUAUUAGAGAACUAAUAGAUCUGGUUUGUUUCCUUGUAUUCAGUAAGUAUAUAGUUAGAUCCCAUGCAGAUCUCAACUGUCUCCAUGAUGAAUGGAGUUGUAACAUUCACCCAGGUAUUUCAAGGGUUGGAUUUUAAUCAUUUAUCAUUCUCACCCCCCUAUUAAAACCUUUUAAAAUCCAGCCCAAUCCACAGCUGGGAUCCAAAGAGUGUGCUUUUGUCUGUCUGCUGGGAAUUUGGACAUAGCAGUUCCUCUAAUGUCCAGGCUCUGAGUAUCAUAGAAAGCUUGAAAUUUUUAAAAUUUUAUUUUAAGGAAUUCAUUCCAGUUCCAGUUCAUUCCCUGCAAAGAGGGACAAAUUCCAUUCUGGUUCAAUUAACAUAUUUAUAAUAAUUCAUAAUUCCUUCAUGUAGUCCUAGGUGUUAUUCUUUUCCUCUAUCUCUCUAGACAUCAGAAUUUUUAAAAACUGCUCUGGAGAAGUAUAAAAUAGAAGAAAACAACAAAACACACACACACACAGUGCAAUGUGGGAAAAAAUUAAUUCACAUUUGGUUCACCUGGAAAUUAUAGGAACUGCUUUCUGGUGUAGUUCAGAGAUAGCUGGAUUAAUUCAGUGAAGUAGUUCAUUCCGAGCACUAAUGUGAUCACUUAUGUAACCAAAAUGGCACCAUCCAUAUAUAACAGAAGUAUCAGUGGAUCUGGAGGGAACCCCAAAGUCUGCAUAGGUUCAACAUAUCUUUAGGUUAAAAAAAAAAGUAGAAAAGAGGCAAUGCUCAUGCUCAUUUGCCAUGGAAUGCUGACUAAGGAGCGGGUGGGUCAGAAAACAUGGGCGAGGGGAAAUGGAAUGGAGCAGUAGAAAUCUUGAACAGUGUCCCACGCCACAACAUUUUAUUGCAGGACACUCUGAAUAUUGGCGUCUCAUCUCAUGCCAUAUCACAUUCUGCCAAAGAUUAUAAUCUGAACAUUUAGUUUCUAUUUAUUUAGAGUGAAUCUUUACAGGAAGCAAUAGUUGUUUCUUUGCUUUUAAAAAUAAUGAUGCAGAUGAUUAGAUAAGUCUGUGCCUUGGUGAGCUUUGGGAUCCUGGACUUCAAGGAAUGCUUGUCAGCUGUGGUGCUAAAGUGGUGCUAAUUAGGGGUAAACAGAAUUACAUCCCACCCCCAUAGCUGCCCCAGGAAUUGUCCCCCAUAAACUGAUUUAAUAUUCCAAAAAGUCUUUUGAACAAAGGAGGGUGUGUGUGUAAUACACAGACAUUGUUGUUUUAUCCAAAAUAUACCAGUGGGUGCAUUCAGAUAUAGAACAACUACAACAAAGAAUAGCCUUUCCAUUCCUGGGUUCAUGAUUGCUUAUUUUGGAUGCAUGAUCUGAAUAGAUCUCUUCUCUGUAGGCUGCAAGGGCCUGCAGGGCUGGUUUUUUGUAUAUUUGCUUUUUUUCUAUGAAAAAUGAUGUAUUUUUUACUAUUUCCUUUGUAAAAAAAAAGUUUACUGUAAAUGACUUUGUUUUAGCUUUGCAUGGUCUUCUCGAUGGGUUUAGGAUUUCAGACUGAUUCUCUAGCACCACAGCAAAGUAUCUCUACAGCAAAACAGACUGUUUUCCGGCUGUUUUGGUUUAUGACAUUUGUGGAAAUAAAACUCUUGAGAAUUAAAUGAGACCAUUUAGCACA